UCCUGCCGGGCAGCGCGGACGGGGAAGAUCGGCGCGCCGCUGCGGAGGCUCCAUGGCUGCGGUCUACGGCGGCGUGGAGGGGGGGGGAACCCACUCCAAGGUGGUGCUGCUUUCCGAAGAUGGCAAGAUUCUGGCGGAGACAGAGGGGCCCUGCACCAACCACUGGCUGGUUGGCUCAGACAAGUGCCUGGAGCGGAUUGACGCCAUGGUCCAGGAAGCCAAAAAGAAGGCAGGGGGUGACCCACACACUCCUCUUCGCUCUCUGGGUCUCUCCCUGAGCGGAGGGGAGCAGAAGGAGGCCAUCAAGAAGCUCACUGAGGACAUGAAGACCCGCUUCCCACACCUGAGUGAGAAUUACUUUAUCACUACUGAUGCCACUGGGGCCAUGGCCACUGCCACCAACACUGGUGGUGUGGUGCUCAUCUCGGGAACUGGCUCCAACUGCAAGCUCAUCAAUCCUGAUGGCUCUCAGAUCAGCUGUGGAGGAUGGGGCCACAUGAUGGGCGAUGAAGGGUCAGCUUAUUGGAUUGCCCACCAGGCUGUGAAGAUUGUAUUUGAUGGCUUGGACAACCUGGAGGUCCCCCCACAUGACAUCAGCUAUGUCAAGCAGGCUAUGUUUGACUACUUCCAGGUUUCCGACAGAAUGGGGCUCCUGACUCACCUCUACAGGACCUUUGAGAAGUCAAAGUUCGCAGGGUUCUGCCAGAGGCUGGCCGAAGGAGCCAAGGCUGGGGACCCCCUGUGCUGUUACAUUUUCAGCAAGGCUGGAGAAGUCCUGGCACGACAUAUUGUAGCUGUGCUGCCAAAAAUUGACAAGGCCCUCCUGCAAGGUGACCCGGGACUGCCCAUUGUGUGCGUUGGAUCAGUGUGGAACAGCUGGGAGAUGAUGAAGGAAGGGUUCAUCCGGGUCCUUGACCAGGCCCACAGCGAGCACCUCAGCAGCGCCUUCUCCAAGUUCAGCCUCCUGAAGCUGAAGCAGUCCUCAGCACUGGGAGGGGCCAGCCUGGGGGCCAAGCACAUCGGCCAGGCUGUCCCUCUGGACUACACAGCCAACGUGGACAUCUUCUACACCCACUCCUUUGCCUAGAACCAGGCGCUAUGCCAUUCCAGGUUAUCCUUUUUGGUGUUUCAGUGCGUGGACUGUCUUCUCUGCUUUGCAAGGAGCCCAGUUCGUAUGAGCAGCUCACAUAAUGUCCUUUAACAAAAAGCUCAGUGUGGUCCCGGUGGCCACGUCGCACAGCACUGUGCCUGGGCAACGCAAACUUGGCUGGCAAGCUUUUACUCCUGCUCCCAAGGAGUCCAAGCAAGGGGGACGAUGCCUGGCCACCUCUUGCCAACCUGAGACAGAUGGUUCCUACCCCCCAUCCCUGGCCUGAGCCAGCUGAGAAAGGCCAUGCUUCUCUUGGGCAGAUCAGACUGAAAGAGGAGCUCAGCAAACAACAGUCCCAGAGCUGUGGGGUUGCCGCCAGCUGGAGAGUCAACAAGUUCAUCAGUGCAGGCCUGGCUGCUCUCCACUGUUUUGUUUCUUGACAAAAGCAAAGGCAUUAGACACCCCACUGAGUAAAGCUGGGAUCAACAUUUUUAGAUUAAAAGAUGUUUCAAAACAGUCUUGUGUCACUUGCUCUCCCCUCCCCUCCCCUCCACUGGCUUGCUGUUUUUGCCUAGCUUCCCAGACCACCUGUAACUGCCAUCAUGCUGCCCAGCCAGCUGUCCCCUUGCUCUGAAAUGGGGGCCUUGGCUAAAGGAAGCGUCUGCUGUACCCUGGUCCAGGCUGAUUCUCCCUCAGCAGCAGCAGCCCGGCAGGCCCAAAUUUGCUGCACAAUUUGAAGAUCCAAAAAGGCCCUUGGCACCACACCCAGCUCAAAAUCCAUUUAUUGAAGAAUGCAUUAUUGUAAAAAUGGGCAGCACAUAAUUGCAAAGACUUCCUCAGAAAGAAACCAGAGCUUGCAGAGUGGAGGAGGGAAGGGCCUUGCACAUCUGCUCUAAUUGUUCCACAGAUCACUCAUCCAACAAGCCUGUCACAAGGCUAAAAAAAUAAGCCCCGCUGCCCCACACAUCUUUUCCAAAGCAGAAUCCGGACCCAUGCCUGUUCUCCCCAAACCACCAGGCACCGAGGGGGAAAUGGGGCGGCUUUUCUGCUCCUGCCUGCGGCACUGAGGCUUCCUAUGUCAAUGUUUCCUGGAAGGAACUGGGGAAAGAGAUCCCAAUGUUGCCUCAGCCCUGCACAAGUUGCCGGGUCCCUUUCCCUGGAAAGAAGGCAGAGGCAGUCGGAUCCCCUCAGAGCAGCUCCAAGCUCACGCUCACAGCACGGGAGCUGUGUGAAAGGAGCCUCGGGUACCUGUCCCCUGCCAGCACUUUCUAUGGCAGCUGAGCUACAAGCCAAGCCCUGCCCUGCCCUGCCAGGGGCCAUGCUGGUAGGGAGAGGCCAGACUGAGGAAGGCUGGCUUCAGCAAAGAUUUGGGGGGGGUGAGGGAGGAGGAGGAACCACAUUAUUAAGCAGAGGAGGAAGCUGAGGUCUCACCUGCCCUCCUAACAAGCUUGUUUCCAGAAAGAGGUUCUGGGAAUCAAGUUGGUGUGGCUGCACAAAUGGAAGUUUGGAUCAUCCCAAAGAGAAAGCCAAUUUUUUUUUUUUUUGGUGAACAAGCGGGAGGGAAAUCUCUGCUUUAGGUGCACGCAACCUGGACUAGAGGCAGAGAUUCUCGGGGUUGCCCCAACCCCUUUGGAGGGCUCUGGGUUGGGGAAGCCCUUCUGCUUGUCCAACAGGCCCAUAAAA